ACUGCACCCUAGUCCUCCGAGAGAGAAACAACUUUGGCUCGGACGAACCACCUCGUGAGCUGUUGUUUAAUUACUGCGGCAUUUGAGUGAACUACCAGAGGAUGUGAACCAUCGCAAAAAGCCAGUAGACCACGGCGUGCAGUGUCUCCUCUCGGUUUGAUUCCUGGUUUAAUAUUUUUUCUGACCUGCAAAGAAUACGGCUGCUGCUGUGACAGACCGCGGGAAAAUGUCGUUACUUCCUGUGCAAUGAAGUCUUGGCGCGACAUUACAAUUGUAAAUAAAAACAGGACACAGGCAAUACGCACGCAAGAAAAAACUGAGCCACAGCGAUAUUCGAAAGGAUGGCAAAAAUGGACACCAGUGAUGCUUCAGGCCUGGAACUCAUUUGUCUGGAAUACAUGUAUGAUAUCCACAGCCCUGGCCCAUGAUGAAGAUUCUGUGGAUCUCUACGAUGACCUGGAUAUUGGUUUUAAUAGCAAUGCAGAUAAGUCACCAACAGCUGGCUCUGAGCUGAAAGAGUCAAUGGAUUUGUAUGAGGAUCUUGUGACAGAGGAACAGCAGAGCCGAGAGUCAUCCUACACUGCGUUGAAGUCCAGAUUCCAGGCAGCUCAAAACCAAAUUAAAGAGUUACGCCAAAGAUUGGAACAGAUGGAACUACAGAAUACAGGAUUAAGCACAGAGAAUCACCGUCUCAAAAAGAACAUCUCUGCACUGUUACAAACAGCUAGACAAGAGGUGAUGCGAAAAGAUGCUGAGAUUCAGAGGUUGAACCAACGGUCAGACAAAGACUGCCAUCAUCAUCAUUCUAAUAGUAGACCUUCAACAUUCAGCCACACAAAAAGGCCACCACCUCCUCUACCCUCCAUUCCUCCUCCCCCUCUCCUUCCACCUCCUGCUGCAAAUCUCGGAAGGGACCAUCCUCCAAGAGAUCCAGCUCCUGUUUCCGAGAAAGAAAGCAACAGUUUUACUAGAACUUCAAAAGCCUCUUCUCAUAGUUAUUCAAAAAGAGAUUGUGAAGUAUCAGACAAACAGAUGGAGCCAGACAAACACAAGUCUAGGCACAGAGAGGAAAAAUAUCAAAAUCUGAAACUAUCUGAAUCAACAGAUAAGAGACAUAGAAGUUGCUCAGAUCCUAAGAAGGACUGUCAUGCCCCUGAGAAAAGCAGGACUCAUAGAGCAGACAAAGACACAAGAGGAAGAUAUGACUCCAGAUCCUCUAAAAGCAGGAUCCAUCAAGAUGUUGAGAGACUCCGCAGAUCAGAUGGGGUCAAAACCUCCUCUCCAGAGGUAUUUCACAGCGCAGCUUCCUCUGAUGACAAGAGAGGGAGCAGUCGAGAGCGAAGACAAGAUAAAUACAAAAUGACUGGAUCAGACUCUGAAUGUGGUACAACCCACAGCUCAAAAGAGGGGUACAGCCGUGAACACAGAAAAGUGAAGACGAGUGACAGACAUAGCAGAAGUUCUGACACAACAGACCGGAAAAAGUCAAAUCAGCACACUGAGCGCAACAGUGAUUCUUCCAAAGAGAGAGAAGGUGACAGACGGAAGGAUCAAAGGAAGGACAACCCACAUGAAGUGGAAAUCAGCAAAAAGUAUAAGGUUUAUUGUCAGAAAGAGACAAGCAGAGAACAGGAAAAACAAAGACCCAGAGAAUCAGAUCAAAAAAAAGCAGAUGGCCAUAUUAAGGGAGGUGAGGAAGGGAACACACUAGAAGCCUUAAAAAUAUCAUCCGAAGAACCAAGUACAGGUGAGAAGAACUCUGUGGAGGAAAACAGUCCACACAGGAAACUGUCGUUUAUGGAAACAUUGAAUCUAACCCUGUCACCAAUUAAAAAGCCGGUGUUACCCAUUGAUGGCAUCCAGGAUAACCUUAUUCAAGUGGACGAUGAAGUCGGACCGGAUGAGGAGAAUUCACAGCCAAAUAUUGAAGACAUGUGUGUCAUUGAUGACAUAAACAAUAGUGAAUUAGCAGCAGGAUCGGGAGAUGCUGCAGACCAAUCACCAGAUCAUCUCAUAGUUUCAAGUACAGAAAAGAGGAAAUUUAUGAAAGAUGUCAAGGAAAAGGAAAACAGCUUGAGUGAAACUUUGAGAGUUAACAAUUUAGCCCAAACUACCUCACCUCAGUGGCAGCCCCUGGCUACUACAGAGAAUAAGAUGACUGUGCAUCUCGCACUUAAAUCACCAGAGAGUAGAUCUCUAAAAUCAAACAUUUCCAAAAAUCAUGAUGACAAAACCAAGCUGGUCUCAGCCAGUCAGGAAGCUGUAUGUGCAUUAUUGGAGGCCAAAGAUGGUACAGAAAAUGACAGGUCUGGAAGCAAUUCUAAACAGCAUAUAAGCAAUGACCAACAAAAGUCUCACUCUGGAAAUAAUACUGAUCUGUCUACUGCAGUUGCAGAACCUGUUGUUCCUAAUUCAAGUGAAGGAUCUUCUAAAAAUGCUGUAUCACAGAGCAUCUCCCUGGAUUCACCAACAGAAGAUGUCAUUCUGUCGCACUCAAAGGACAUCAAUGUUUCUGACGAGGCCAAUGCCAACACUCAGCAACUACCACUCACUGUCCAACCUCAGGUCACUAACCAAGGACUGUUUCUUCCUGCUUCAUCAAGUUCCAUUCAUGAGAAAGAUUGUAGGCAAGAUGGUCCUAAAGACACAGACGCUGUCUCCAGUACAAUCAGCCUGGAAUCACUUCCACAAGAAGGCCUGAGUUUAACUGAGGCUAUUUAUGUUUUAACACAGACUGAUGAAGAUGCCGAUGGCAGCACCACAGCUGAGCCGAGCUCUUCAGUCGGCUGUAUUGGAGUGUCCAAAGUUAGCAGUACGACAGAGGAGAAAACGCUACCAGAGAGGUUCAAUAACCUCAUUGUAACACCCAAGAAAAAUUUCAGUCCUGGAAAGAGACGGGAGAAUAAUGUUCAAUCAUCCAGUUCUGUGCCGUUACUUCAUGAUGAGGACUCCAUGAUGCGAACACUGAGCAAUCUGAAGAAAAUUCCUGAUGCCAUCAGCCCUCUGAGGAGCCCAAUACGGAUAACUAAGAGAAGUCUACUCCAUGUGCAUGGCAAACCAGGUCAUGUCAAGAGUCUUCAAAAAGAGUUUUCCUGUACAGCUGUUGAUGGCACGUCAAAGAAAUUGGAUGUAAACAAAGAGAACAAAUAUCCAGGUUCCCCUGCAAAAAGUGAUGCACAUAACCCACCGGAUAAGGUGUCUGACCGGCCUUCAGGUCUCUCUGACACAGAUUUAGAGGAAGGGGAAAUUGUAAGUGAGAGUGAUGAGGCGGCUACAUGCUCUCCUGUUCCUGCAACCAAGAGGGCAAAGCUAGAACAGCCACCAGCAAGUAAACCAAGUCCUAAGUCUCUUUUAAAGAGGAAAUCUGAAGAAAAGCGUGUUGCUUCAACAGGUGAAACAGCAGGUGUAUCAACACGAAGUCCAAAGAGUCGCUUUAAAACGGUUUGUCCCACAGCAAGUAAAACUUCUUUUUCCAACAUUGAGGAAAUAAUGGAGACCUUUAAGCGUGUCCGCACAGAGAUACGAAAAAAGUACAUGAAGCUUCAUAAAACCUUUCCCAAGAAGAGCUUCUAUGGUGUUAUGGACAAUUUCCAGGAGUCUUUUUUAGAGUUUGUGGAUGGUGCCCAUUUUGGUCAAGUAUGCAGUCAGGUAGGAGAGCUGAAGUCCAAGCUGAAGAAUCUAAUUGCAUCUGUGUUCAAGAAAAUAUCUAAUAAUGGUAUUGUGAAACGCAUUUUUGAACAGCAAGCAGUUGAUCUGAAGCAAAAGUUGUGGGACUUUGUUGAUGUCCAAGUUGACUACUUGUUCAGAGACGUUCACACAGCACUGAGUAACCUUUGCAAACCAACAAGUGUUCAGGUCGAGGACAAGAAGUCCAUUAAAAAUGAGAAAGUAACUCCUCCGAAAAAACCCCGAUGUCAAAAGAGUGAAGCAAAACCUUCCAACCUUCUGAGUCGCACCAAGUGCUCUGCUGUGGCUCCUUACAAAACGGGCCUUGGAAGCAGAGGCAAAGACAUUAGAAUCACACAAGUGGAAAAAGAAAGGAAUGCUGAUUGGCAACGAUCAAAUUACCCCAAAACCCCAACUGUGGAGUUCCUUCCUCCUAAAAAACUUCCUUCAACUCCAGUGAAAAACAACAUGUCUUCCUUGGUGGUCUCUCAGAAUGGUUCUUUGCUUGACAAAACAGACUUUGAGCUGCUCACAGAACAGCAAGCCUCCACUUUGACAUUCACUUUGGCUAGAGAUUCUCAAAUGGGGGAAAUCUUCAAGUGUCUGCUACAGGGAACUGACUUAUUAGAAAGCAGCGGCAUUAAUGGAGACAACUCUGGCUGGUCUCUUGGUACUCCAAGGAAGGAUGGAGAAAGAUUUAUCAGCAUCACCACUCCAUCAAAAUUUGACUCCUCAUCUACACUUGUUUCUCCAAACAAAUUUGAUAGUCCCUCUAAACUUAUUGCAACAUGGUCUAGCAUUUCACCUCGCAAGAUGUUAUCCCCACGCUCUAAAGGUCAGAUCCCACCGAAUCCCGCUUUUUUUGAUGAAAGUUGCCUGUUAGAAGUUCCAUCAGACAAUCGAGCGUUGCUACAGGCCAGCACAACUUCACAGAAGACAUAUUCCAUUCUAGCCGAAGACCUGGCAGUGUCCCUCACCAUUCCAUCGCCUCUGAAGUCAGACAGCCACCUCAGCUUCCUACAGCCCUCAAGCAUGAGCAUCCGCACACCCACCAUGUCCACUCCCGACAGCGUCAUCAGUGCACACAUUAGUGAGGAUGCCCUGCUGGAUGGGGAGGACGCCACAGAGCAGGACAUUCACCUGGCCCUCGACACAGACAACUCCAGCCGUAGCUCAAGCAGCAGUUUGUGCUCAGGACCACUCACAAUGCCUUUUGUCUUAAAGCCUGACAUGCCCAUGCAGGCACUAGUGAUGGAGAGGUCCAAUGAUCAUUUCAUUGUGAAGAUUCGUCAAGCCAGCACAGAUGCAGAUGUCACCCUGACUGCUAAUGACAGCUUAAGUCGAACACUAACCGAAGAAGAUCAACAUGUAGAAGAUGACAUUGCAGCUCAAGAAGAGCAAGCAAAGGCUACUUUUGCGGACAAGUCUCAGAAAGGUGCCAGCCUCUGCAGUGAAAUGCCUUCACAAUGUUCUUCAAACAAACUCUCUGACAGAGUAGACUGCACUGAGAUCUGUGAGGCUGACACGGCAUCAGAUACCCAUCCCACUCUAGAUGAGAGGGUAACCAUAACAAACAAUCCAUCCUCCAAAACUAAAGAUAUGUCACCUCAACAUAAUGCCUCAAAAGAUAGUCUUUCCAAGGAUUCUCUACUUGCGUGUGCUCCUUCUGAUGACAGUUUAAACAACAAUUCUCAAAGUGUGGAUCAUUUCUCAGUCACUGCAGGUGAGAGGACCAGUCAGGCAGUUCAGUGUCAAGUCAUCACAAGUAAAAAUCCUUCAACAAUCUGCGAGUCCCAGAAAGCCAACAGUCACGUCGAAAGCUCAGAUAAACAACACCAACAAAGCCAAACAUCACAAUCACAGCGUUCACACUCUGGAAAAGAGGAAAUAGACAUGUCCGAGUCAGAGAGGAGUCUCACCAUUUCAGAAGACAUGAGCAGCUCACCAGAGAAAGAGCUGAGGGACUGUGACAAAGGCAAGAAACGGAAGAAAUGCCAACAAAAAUCGAAAGUAAAGAGGUCAAGAAAGGAGGAUGAGGAGAGUGCAGGCGAAAUGGUUUCUAGCUCCGGGAAAGAGGACGAGUCCAGAUCGCCACCAGCAUCUCUGUCCCCUAACAGUCUGUCUGCUAAGAAUGUCAUCAGGAAGAAGGGCGAGGUGGUGAUAGCGUGGACCAGAGAUGAAGAUCGAGCUAUUCUGAUUUACUUGAAGGCCAAAGGGGCCUCACGUGAGACUUUCUCUGCACUCUCAGAGAAACUUAAUAAACCAUCAGGCAAGAUUGCUCAAAGGUUUGCCCAGCUCAUGAAACUUUUUAAGGCGAAGGAGAAGAUGGACGUUUGAUUGCAGUGACAUGCUUCAGUGACUGUUGGUACCAGCACAGGCCAUUUAGUCCAUCAAGAUCUGGAGCCGAGUACUGACCAGCAGCUAGGAGAAAUGUGGAUCGCAGUUGUAGCUAAACAUUGAUUUUGAAUAGAAGCCUGGAAAUCUGAACACUGUAUUGUUCCUGAUACUAAAAUGUACCUGCCCAUACAAUUUGAAAAGAACGAGGAUAGUUUCAAAUUAUCAGCAGUGAAAUAUCCAGUCAGUAUAAACAGUCUUUGUUUUUGAUGCACUUUUUGGUUUUCAGCAGUCCACACUGCAUGUGGACUCCACACACAGUCACUACUACAGCUACAGGGCAGGAUCUUUACUGUUGCCUGACCUGAACAAGAGCACCUGAUUUCAGCCAGUCUGCAGCAUCUGAUUGUUAUUUCCUGUGUUUUUUCAGACUAAGACAACACCAGUUUCCAAAGCAAGUAUGUUGAUAUUGGUCUAAUCCCAGUUUCAAGUUUAGUUCCUACAAAAUUAAAAGUAUGUUCUCUGGAAAACAGUUAAAAGCAACCUUGAUCCAUGGAACUGAUAUCAUUGGCCUUUUUAUAGUAAUUCUGUAUGUUUAACUUUGGAUCUUAUUUUAGUAGUGUGUGUGUGAAGAUAAUGCUUGAUACAUUUGAAAGUGGUUCAAAUGUUUAUCUGUCCAAUCUAUGUACAGUUAUCUGUUAAUACAAAUACAAAUUUUAUCUGUGGGCCUAAAUGGCAUUUUGUUUAACUAUUCUCAUUGCCUAUAAACAGUAUGGAUCACAAUAUUGUGGAAUAUUGUACAUAAUUUGUUAAUGAAAAUAAAGUUUUUAUUUAUUUAUA